CAAAUUUGUUAGGUAGCAUUUUUGUGGAGCUGCGUGAUUGGUCAGCAUCUCCAUAUAUAUAUAUAUAUACCUUGCCUCCCGUUUCAAUCUAAAUCAGUGGUUUCUGGGUUUCCUAAUGUUCUUGUUGCUGUUUCCUGUCCUACUGUUGAAUUGUGUCUUUGGCCACGAAGUGUGGUUCACUGAAACAUUUCCUGAUGCGGAUUCCAUAAACAAAUGGGUUGCAUCAACACAUAAUGGUGAUAAACAAGGGGAAUUUAAAAUAGAAGCAGGCUCAUCACCUAUAGAUCCAAUUGAGGGUUUAGGUUUGAAAACUACUCAGGAUGCUAGAUUUUAUGGCAUUGCACGAAAACUGGAGAAGCCAUUUAGCAAUCGUGGCACAACUCUUGUUGUACAAUUCACCGUCAAAUUUGACAAAACUGUCAGUUGUGGUGGAGCUUACAUUAAACUUCUUGGUUCUGAUAUUGAUCCGAAAACUUUCCAUGGGGAGACUCCAUACAAAAUUAUGUUCGGUCCUGAUAUCUGUGGCAUGGCUACCAAAAGAAUUCAUGUCAUUUUCAACUACAAAGGCCAAAAUCAUCUCAUUAAGAAAGAUAUCGCUUGCAGAGAUGACUUGAAGACUCAUCUUUAUACACUUAUCGUAAAACCUGAUAAUACCUACGAGGUGUUGGUUGACAAUGACAGCGUGGAAAAGGGUUCACUGGAAGACGAUUGGAAUAUGCUUCAACCCAAAAAAAUCGAUGAUCCAAAUGACAAAAAGCCCGCCGAUUGGGUUGAUGAAGAGUAUAUCGAUGAUCCAGAUGACAAGAAGCCAGACGAUUGGGAUCAACCCAAAAUGAUACCCGAUAUGGAUGUUAAAAAACCGGAGGACUGGGAUGAUGAUAUGGAUGGGGAAUGGCAACGACCCGAGAAAAAUAAUCCUGAUUAUAAAGGUGAAUGGAGCCCUCGACGUAUCGCUAAUCCAAAAUACAAAGGGGAAUGGAAACCUGCACAAAUCGAUAAUCCUGACUAUAAACCAGAUCCUGAAUUAUAUGUUCAAGAUGAUAUUGGUUAUGUUGGUUUCGACUUGUGGCAAGUUGAUUCAGGGUCUAUUUUUGACAAUAUCUUGAUAACCGAUAGUGAAGAGCUAGCUAAACAAGAAGGGGAACAACGCUGGAGGAAACGUUUUGAUGCUGAAGUAGCUAAAGAUCAGGCUGCUGAGAAAGAGGCAGAAGCUGAAAAGACUAAAGCUCCCGCAGAAGAAGAUAUCAAGGAAGAAGCUGAAAAGACUAAAGCUCCCGCAGAAGAAGAUAUCAAGGAAGAAGCAGGGAAUGCUGGAGAUAAGACAGAGGGUGAUGCUUCUAAAGACCACGACGAACUGUAAAAAAGUGUUGUUGUUGUUGUUUUUCGUGUUUUUUUGGUGAUGAGAACAAUUUAUUACGUUGUUUUUUUAAAAAAAAUUUAUGAUUAGGACCCCUUCCCUAAAAUCUGUACAUUCAUUCAUUAUACUGCUUGAUUAAUACAUUGUUGUGGUUACA